AUGGCUAGCUUAUUAGGCUCAACAAGCAGUUCCAGUGGUGGAAUGCUGGCCCUCGUUACACCCGCAGGCAAGGUCCCCGGCACAGGCCUUCUCCAAGUUACAAAGAUUCUUCAUAGUCUUAGCAGUGGUGGCUCCAGCAGCUCAAUGAAGGCUCUUUUAGCCACUGCCGUUGGAGACCUCCCAGGUCUUUUUGGUGACUACCCGUUCCAUCGUGAUAUAGCUCCCAGCGCCAUUUUUGUUGCUCUCUUUUCCAUCUUUGCCAUUGCCCACCUUUAUAUCUUUUUCCGUAACAUGAAGUGCGGCCAGUCUUUUUGGCCAUCUUUUGGCUUGGCUUGGUACUGCAUCUUUCGUGUGAUUGGAUUUGGUCUCCGUAUUAAUUGGGCUAAAGACGUGAUGCGUGUCAAGGUUGGCAUUGCUGCAACUGUCUUUUGUGUGGUCCCCGUUGUUUAUGUUUCUAUUAUGAAUAUGUUAUUUGGGCACCGUAUCUUUACCUGGCGACACCCGGAGACUGGUAAUGCUGUGUGGUUUGCCGUCAUUAUGAAUGUUACAUAUGUGGUUGUUCUUGGCGUCAUUGUUAUGGGUAUUCUUGGACAAGCUAUCCCCUAUAUUUACUUUUUGGACCAGCAUCAUUUGAAUAUGUGCAGACGAGUUGCUCGUGCUGCUGCCAUUUUACAGACACUUUACUCUUUUGCCGGUAUCUGCUUGAUUGUCAAUGCUUACACAUUUAAGCCUGGUCGUAUUGAUGGACGCUUUGGCAAGUUCUACAAGCAUGGAGAAAAGGUGGAUUUACCUGCAACCAUUUCCCCAACAUGGAUUGAAAGCACCAAUCCCAUGUACUUUCCCGAGAAGGGCUCACAGCACGUUAUCAUUAAAGACACUCCAGAGGCUAAUGCGAUUCGUGUUAUUUCUAACCGCCGUCCACCUGCUGGUGGUUUGAGUAACCACCACGGUCAUCACCAUGAGCGUGCUCCCAAGAUGACUACCAAUGUUAUUCUCAUUUUGUCUGUAAGUGUGUUGCUUUCUAUUUCUGCUGCUUUCCGUACAGCUUCUACAUUUAAAACCAAUCCUCGUGGUGGUGUUAAUGGCAAUCCUCUUGGUCACUGGCUUUAUCACAAUUGGCUCAUGUACUUGUUAUUUGGUGUUUUUGAGGUUAUUGUUAAUGUUUUGUAUCUGGCUAUGCGCGCUGAUUUGCGCUUUUACAUUCCCGACAUGGCUCGCAAGCGCAAGAGCACAGAUCCUGCAUAUGUUCCCAGUGAUAGUACUGGUGUUUUGGGUGGUCCCGAUAAUUUGUCAAAGCCUGAGGUUGACCAUAUUAACAAUGUAUCUUACUCAUCUUCAGAUGCAGGUGUUCCUGCUGCUACUGCUACUGCUACUGCAAACCCAAGAAACUCUGAUAUGGAACGGUAUGGCAAUGCCAAUGUUCCUCAUGGUGCAGUAGUGAUGCCGUUAGAUGAAAAGAGACCUUUUUAA